GUUGCAAUCUUCUUUGAAAGCAAAAUUCACCUGAUUCGAACCAAAAUAUGAUUGAUUAAAUCAAUAUUAUUUAAACUAAAGACGAAAAUCAUGCAAAGAAACGGACAAGGACAGCUGGAAGAGGAGCUUCUGCCUAUAGAUAUUGCUUACAACAAAUUACUUGACUGGCUUAUUGACCGGCGUCACUGUGAUAUAAAAUGGCAAAAAGAUACCUUGGAAAUAAGGGAGAAAAUCAAUUCUGCUAUACAAGAUAUGCCGCAGGUUGAUGAGAUCACAGAACUCUUAUCAGGCUCUUUUAUUAACUAUUUUCACUGUUUACGAAUUGUGGAAUUACUGAAAGUGUCAGAGUCAUCUACAAAAAAUAUAUUUGGUGGAUAUUCUUCGCAACGAAUGAAGGAUUGGCUUGAAAUUGUGAAGCUUUAUGAGAAAGAUAACCUUGGUCUMGCUGAAGCAGCACAUCUUUUAAUACGAAAUGUCAACUAUGAAGUCCCGUCUUUAAAACGACAAAUUGCAAAAUGCCAGCAAACACAAAGAGAAUGUUCAAGGAAAGAAGCUGAAUACUCGUCAAAUGCAUCAGUGUUUAGAGACCAGUAUAAGGCAGUCUGUGAUAAAAUGGGAAUCAAGGGUGACAUGAUUAAAAAAGAACUGAUGGAUCUGCUUGGUGAACUUCCUGAUAUAUACAGUGAUGUAGCACUAGCAACACAAAAGUGUACAGAMAUAUUGGACUACUACAAGGGAUUUGUUAAAUUUGUUUCUGAAAGUUAUGAAGUUUCAGAUACUGAUCGGAGCAGUCAAAUUCUGCCACUAUUGUCAUUCUUAAGAACAAAUGGAAAUACAACAGUUUACCAAUGGCGAACUGGACAAGUACCUACUGAGAUAGAGACCAAUAAAACAAACACAGAACAAGAAAACACAAAUUCUGCUACAGAUGGUGGGAUUGACUGGGGAGACAGUAAUGGAAUUUCUGUGGGUGAAAGUGGUGACUCAGGGGGGAUAGAUUGGGGAAAUAGUGGUGGUGAUACAGCAGGAAUAGAGUGGGGUGAUAGUGGAAAUGAUUCAAUAACAGUUGCUGAAAGUGGUGACUCAGGGGGGAUAGACUGGGGAGAUGAUGGUGGUGACUCUGGGGGGAUAGACUGGGGUGAUACAGGAAUUAAUGUACAAGAUCCAUCAGCACCUGUGAUAACACUGGAGGAAUCUGGAGAAGCUGUUGAAACUGUGGCAAAGGGAAAUGAUGCUUUAUCAAUUCUUGAUAAUACUGAAACACGAAACAUGUUUCUUGAUGAAAUGAUGGAGUUGCAAGCUUUCCUCUCUCAAAGACUAAAUGAACUCAAGAAGGAUUCAGAUGUUGUUGCUGUUAAUCAGUUCCAAUCUGCACCUCGAAUACUUCAAAUCCAAUCAAGAGAAACAGUAGAAAAGAUGGSCGRUACCAUUGAUGACAUAUUGUCACAYUUAACUUCAAUGAGGGUUCAAAACCUUUGUCUUCUUAAAAGUUCACCAAGGUAUGUAGAUAGACUGGCUGACUCACUCCAACAAAAACUYAGAAUUUCAGAGAAACUAAAAACAUCCUGUAAAAACAUGGUGGAAAAGAGAAAUGAAGCAGCUGAACUUCAGAGAGACUUGGAACCUAAAUUAGAAGUUAUCCGUAGUAAGACAAAACUACUACAGGCUCAGAUAUCUCAAGAAAUUUCCAAGAAAUAUAAAAACAGACCUGUAAACAUUAUUGGAGARGUCAACUCAAUAUGAAUAAUUAAWUGAAAUAAAAUAUUUUAAAAUUGAGACAUGAUAUUUUAAGUUUUAAAAUGCUGCUUGGUAGAUAUAACUUUYAGUCCAAGAACAAAUUGGAGUUUUCAUGAGAUAUUGUAGUCUCCUUUGCAGCCUUUUGUUGUGCCUAAGUAGGACCAACAAAGGGGUAGGCUCCAAAGGAGACGUUUUCCAGGGGAGAAACUGAAAGUGAGACCAUCAGGCAGGGAAAUUGGGAAAUCUAUAGAAAAUCUAUUGAAAGUUUCUGCCAUGAAUAAAUUCAUUACAAAGGAUGCUACAAUUCCAUGCAUUAGACCAAAUUUCCAAACCCUUAGUGUUAGUCUUUUUGUAAUGUUUUGAAUAUAUUACAAAGUAUAGUACAGAAUUAUUAUUAUUUAUAAUUAUUUCUCAGUGAUGUGAAAAACUGCUCAUCCUCUAACAACAGUAUGUCGAUGAAUGAUAAGUCUGACACACUUAUCAAUUUACAAACACUUUUUUUUAGCAUUUUGAAUGUUUGUUAUGAUUUAAUUGUUAUUAAAAAACYUAUCUGUACAUCAUCUGAUUUAUUUGAGGAAGUCUGGCCCACAUGCAUCCAAGAAAUCAUUCCUUUUGUUUUGCAAAAGAUCUCUUGUUAAGGUGAUUUCUGAUUUGUUCAAAAUCAAAGAUGAAUAUUUGUAUGUGAGAAAACUGUACAAAAAGUGAUUGGAUGCACGUAGCUAGGUCUUUAAUACAUGAAUGGAUGAAUGGAUGUAAAAGCAAACCACCACAUUGUCAUUGCUAUGGUAUAUUUUACUUUUGAUGGACACACCUGAAUACUACAAUAAAUCACCAUGGUUACAAUAAAAUGUAGAAAUGAUGUCUUUACUAUUGCUAGUAUUUCGGUAAUUAUGAAUUGGUUAAAUGUAGUAUAAUUUACACUAUGUAUAAAAACCCAUAGAUUUUGUUAAAUAAAAAGAAGUCUCUGGGACAGCUAUGUAAUAUGAACAGUAUUGUACACGUAUAUUGUACAUGAACAAAGCGCAGCUUAAUCUGAGGA